AUGUCUGAGAAAGCAGACUCAGUGGGAGCCGUGACAUUUCCAGAUGCUUCAAACAAAUACCCAAAUCCCUUGGGGAACUUUUCUAAAGGUUUAGGGUAUCCAGAAUGGCAUCCCAUAGAUACAAGAAAACAAGUUUCACAGUUAUUUAGAUUUGGAUUUUACACAACUAUUGGGUCGUAUGGGUUUUUGUAUUUAUGGAAACGGACUACAUUCAAAUUGGAAAUACCACUAUCGGCAGUGGCCUUCUUCACAAUCGCUAAAGGUAUGCAAAGCUCGUUAGCCAAUUUAAGAGAGAAGAAUGAUUGUUGGAACACUUUCUGGGGGUUGGCUACUGCAAACACGAUAGUUUUAACUGCAGCUUUCAAAAGCAUGCCUCCAAAGCAUAAAAUCUUGACUGGUGUGUUUGGUACUUCAUUGGCCACAAUCUUUGAUAGAGCAUAUUGGGCUCAAUCUACGAGUAACCCUUCAUAUAAUGCUAAAUAUGAGUCCGCUCAAGUGGAUAAGGAUUUACCAAAGCAAAGUUUCUGGGAUAUUUGGCAAAGAAGACCAUUGACUGAUACUGUUCAAGAAUUGGGUGUUGGACGUGGAAUAUUCAAACCCUAG